AUAAACAGAUGAUUUUGACAAAUCACGUGAAUGAAAAUUCAAUUAUCCUCAAUUUUCUUGUUUAAAAUAAAAUCACGAGAGCAAAUUAGUAGUUGUGAAAAUGGGUGAAGAGACACGUAUUCCGAAUAAAAACACAGAUAAUGAUAAAUCAAAAGAUUCUGAACAACAUAAUCCAGAACAGACAGGGAGUCUGGAUAUAUCUGAUUUGGACAUGAAUGAAUUGGAUAUUACAAAUGAAGAGUUCGAGACCUUGAAUAACCAACUGGAUGCGCUGAGCUCAGCUCUAGACGAUAUAGAAUCUAAAAAUGACAACAUUCAUGCUCAACUUCUUGAAUUACUCCAAGCAAAUAGGGUUAUUCGACAGCAGAUAAGAGAUGCCAAUCUUUCUUUGGGAGGUACAGAACCUGAAGAAGCCUAAAUAUUAUCCUGAUAUUGUUUUGAAUACAUAGUUAAUUUUGUGGUUAAAUAAAUAAGAAACUACCCGAUA